AUGUUUGUCAAUUUCAGCCCAAUCAAAGCUAACAGACCCUGCAGAACGUCCACUCUCUUCCCGGACGUCCUCGCUCUCAUAUCCAUUUGCCCCGAAUUGCUCCGUGUCCUCGCCUCGUUGCCGAUGCAGCCAGCCGACCAGAAUAAGAAUCUUGAAGGCCGUGAGCACCACUGCAGCUCCAGUACCACAGCCAAGUCCACGACAUGCAGCUCGGCAUUGCUAACCAGCUCCCCUCUCCUGAACCCAUCAUCAUUACCCUCGUCGUCAUCGUUGACACCACCCUCUACAACAGAUGCCGCCUCUCCUACGCCGCCAAUAGCACCAUCACCACAACUCUCUAUUGAACCAAUAGAUUAUACACUCAAACCAAGCAGACCAGGCUCCGAGCCUCUAGUCUGCGCUGAUUUCGGGCCCAUAUCCCUCUCUGCCAUCGACCCUUAUCAUCUAUUGACCCCUGGCGAUAACCACAGCAGCCAUAAUUUCGAGCCAGAGAGCACCAUGCUGAUGACAAUCCCCCAGGAUUGUGCCCAGGAAAAUUUAGAACGUCAGGUUCAAGAAAAUCAACUGUGGCUUCAGACCGCUUUCCUUCAUAAUCAGUUUCACCCUCAACAACUUCUACCAGUUAUGCACCCUUCCUCUCAUCUUCAACCUUUCCUGCUACCACCACUAACACAGUUAUCGUCAUCACCGUCGCCUUCAGCAUCAUCACUGCCACCACCACUACCUCCGACAGCGCUCACUCUUCCUUCCCCUCCCCUUGUUGCUCCUCUAUCAGCUCCACACUUGAUACAAUAUGAGCAUUCCCACUAUGACACUCAUCCUAACCAGCAACAACCAGCGACGCUCCAGCAAUCGACCAGUGGUAUUGAGCCUUUUUACCAACAAUACCACAAUUUAUCUCCACAGCAGCAACAAAGCAUGCUCCAGCAACAAACACAACAGCUGCCGCUACAGCAAUAUCAGAAUGGCGGAUCUCAUGAGAAGCGAGGUCAGUUCUUUCCAUGGCCUGCUUCCGCCACAGCUAUGACGCCUCUUCCAGGCAACUUCGGGCCAUUGCCUUUGGCAAACACGGGGACACUCACAUCUACAGCAAAUCCCCGGAUCACUUCGCGUCCAUUUCAGACGGUUGCGUACACUGGCCUAGCAGCAGCUGCUAAGCAUAACACCAAGCGGGCAGCUGAUGACAUGCCCGCGUCUGAAA